ACAGAUUUUUACCUUGUCAGCUCGGGGAUUCGAUCCAGCAACCUUUCGGUUACUGGCCCAACGCUCUAACUACUAGGCUCCCUGCCGCCCCAAUAUGACAAAUAUGGGAAAAAAAAUAGUUGUUGUGUGUUGAUGCAAUGUCUUCCACUAUAUUCUCAAUCCCUCGUGGGACCAAAUGCUUAUCUAUUGGUCCUGUGGUGACUCGCCUACUCAGGAAUGGAAGGUGCUCAACCAACAAGUCUGAACGGUUUACAACGGCUGCCUGGGGGGGGAAUUACUUAGACUGAAGUACAGUCCUUCAGUGUAACCAGGUCUGCACACGGAAUAGGAGCUUCCCUUAAACAGACUCACUUGGCGUUGAGGACUCUGGAGGACUGCUUUUCCUUCUUAAGGAUUCGGACAGGAUCAGGCUUUGACUGUAAAAAGGGGGACAGGUUUUGCCAGUUCAUAUUAUGGAAGAUGAUCUUCUGAAUGAUAACUGCACAGCAGACAAUCUGCCCUUGUAUACAUUCUACGCCUCUGUGAUGAUUGUGGAGUUCAUCCUGGCUCUGCCUCUUAACCUCUCAGUGCUUUACCUCUUCAUCUUCAAGCUGGAGUUCUGGAAACUGAACUCCAACAACCUUUUCCUGUUCAAUCUCGUGUUGGCUGACCUUCUUCUGCUGGGCUGUUUGCCAGUGAACGCCUACAAUUUUCUUCGCGGAGAGAGGCAGAGUGUGGACGGAAAGAUCUGCAAAGCCAUGCUCUUCAUGCUGUUUCUGAACCGAGGCGCCAGUAUCGGCUUCCUGGCUGUGAUUUCACUCGAUCGCUACUUCAACGUGGUUCAUCCUGGGAACAAGGACUUUGUCCUCAAAAAGUCCCCUCAUAUAUCUGUCGUCAUCUGGCUAGUACUGCUCCCUUUGACUAUCCCCACCAUGCUGAAGACCGGCUGCUGUGGCAGUCAUGGGGACAUCACUGACACUCUGAGAGAGGUUGUGUUUUUCACCCAGAUUCUCAUCCCUUUCUUUGUGUUGGUGUACUGCACGGUCCGCAUUGUCAACAGACUCAACAAGAAGACAGUAGGUGACAGGACCAAGCUGCGUCGAGCAGUGUUUCUGGUCACCUCUGUCAUACUGGUCUUUUCUUUCUGUUUCCUGCCUUGUACCAUCGCUAGAAUUGUUCUGUUGAUUGUCAGAGCCAUGGAUUUAGAGAAUGCUGAGAAUAUAGCUAUUCAGGUCUAUGAUGGUUUCAUAGUUUUUUCCCACAUGGACUGUCUAGUGGACCCAAUUGUGUACUGUUUAAGCAGCACUAAGUUCAAACACCUCUACCUGACAACGUAUUGCCCCUGUCUACUGAGAAACAACGCAGAAACGGUUGAAAGAACAAACCCGACACGAACCAACUUAAAUCUAAAACGCAACAACAACACACUGUAGCUAGUAGUCUAAAACGCAACAACAACACACUGUAGCUAGUAGGUAAUGAUACUUCUGGGUGUGGGUGUGGUUGUGGUUGUGGGUGUGGUCGUGGGCGUGGCCACAGUUUUUAAAGAGUUUCUUGCAGUUAUACACUUUCAUGGGGCUGAGAAUGUUUUUUUUUUAUUUUUUUUUAUUUAUUUUAAAGAUAAUUUCCUGCAAUUCUACACAUUUUACCAUGGCUUAUGUCGUAUAACUAAAACUUUGUUAAAACAAGUCUGUGGCCCCAUGCCAGGACAUUUUUUAAAAACAUUUUAGAUUCUCUCUGUGUAGUUUUUUAUUUUGGUGAUGGUUAGUUCUCAAAGAUGAUCUUAUUUAAAAAAGAUAUCGCUCCGUUUAUCUUUUCUACAUACUUUCUAUCUGGUUUUAGUCGUUUUAAGUUCACACUGAAAACGUUUUCACCAUGUUGAUCUGUUUUGAUGUGGCGGCCCGCCGCUGCUAAAUGAAUAUAGGGGAAGCACUGGCAUGUUCAGCUUUUGUUUGCCAAAUCAGACUGUGAUUCAAUACUGGUUUCUGUUCUGAUCAGUCAUCGGUUUCGUUCACCUGUGAUAUCAUCAUGUUACACAGAUCAUCAUGAUGCUGUUAAUAAUGGUCUGUGUCAAAUAAAUAUUCUCCUCAAAUGAUGCUCCCAUAAAAAUGAUUGUUACUACUACUACCACCAAGACAACAACAGCUGAUAGGAGCUACCCCCUCCUCCCUUGGAGAGGUAAGACCACAUUAUCUACUACUACUACUACUACUACUACUACUACUACUACCACCAAGACAACAACAGCUGAUAGGAGCUACCCCCUCCUCCAUUGGAGAGGUAAGACCACAUUAUAUACUACUACUACUACUACUACUACUACUACUACCACCAAGACAACAACAGCUGAUAGGAGCUACCCCCUCCUCCAUUGGAGAGGUAAGACCACAUUAUAUACUACUACUACUACUACUACUACUACUACCACUACCACUACCACUACCACUAAUACUAUAACUACAACAGCUGAUAGGAGCUACCCCCUCCUCCCUUGGAGAGGUAAGAUCACACUACUACUACUACCACUACUACUAGUACUACAACAGCUGAUAGGAGCUACCCCCUCCUCCCUUGGCGAGGUAAGACCACAUUAUAUACUACUACUACUACUACUACUACUACUACUACUACCACUACCACUACCACUACCACUAAUACUAUAACUACAACAGCUGAUAGGAGCUACCCCCUCCUCCCUUGGAGAGGUAAGACCACAUUAUAUACUACUACUACUACUACUACUACUACUACUACUACUACCACCAAGACAACAACAGCUGAUAGGAGCUACCCCCUCCUCCCUUGGCGAGGUAAGACCACAUUAUAUACUAUUACUACUAGUACUACUACUACUACUGCUACUACUACCACUAGUACUACAACAGCUGAUAGGAGGUACCCCCUCCUCCCUUGGCGAGGUAAGACCACAUUAUAUACUACUACUACUACUACUACUACUACUACUACUACUACCAAGACAACAACAGCUGAUAGGAGCUACCCCCUCCUCCCUUGGAGAGGUAAGACCACAUUAUAUACUACUACUACUACUACUACUACUACUACUACUACUACUACUACUACUACCAAGACAACAACAGCUGAUAGGAGCUACCCCCUCCUCCCUUGGAGAGGUAAGACCACAUUAUAUACUACUACUACUACUACUACUACUACUACUACUACUACUACUACUACCAAGACAACAACAGCUGAUAGGAGCUACCCCCUCCUCCCUUGGCGAGGUAAGACCACAUUAUAUACUACUACUACUACUACUACUACUACUACUACUACUACUACUACUACUACUACCAAGACAACAACAGCUGAUAGGAGCUACCCCCUCCUCCCUUGGAGAGGUAAGACCACAUUAUAUACUACUACUACUACUACUACUACUACUACUACUACUACUACCACCAAGACAACAACAGCUGAUAGGAGCUACCCCCUCCUCCCUUGGCGAGGUAAGAUCACAUUAUAUACUACUACUACUACUACUACUACUACUACUACUACUACCAAGACAACAACAGCUGAUAGGAGCUACCCCCUCCUCCCUUGGAGAGGUAAGACCACAUUAUAUACUACUACUACUACUACUACUACUACUACUACUACUACCACCAAGACAACAACAGCUGAUAGGAGCUACCCCCUCCUCCAUUGGAGAGGUAAGACCACAUUAUAUACUACUACUACUACUACUACUACUACUACUACUACUACUACUACCACCAAGACAACAACAGCUGAUAGGAGCUACCCCCUCCUCCAUUGGAGAGGUAAGACCACAUUAUAUACUACUACUACUACUACUACUACUACUACUACUACUACUACUACUACUACCAAGACAACAACAGCUGAUAGGGGCUACCCCCUCCUCCCUUGGAGAGGUAAGAUCACACUACUACUACUACCACUACUACUAGUACUACAACAGCUGAUAGGAGCUACCCCCUCCUCCCUUGGCGAGGUAAGACCACAUUAUAUACUACUACUACUACUACUACUACCACUACCACUACCACUACCACUAAUACUAUAACUACAACAGCUGAUAGGAGCUACCCCCUCCUCCCUUGGCGAGGUAAGACCACAUUAUAUACUACUACUACUACUACUACUACUACUACUACUACUACUACUACCACCAAGACAACAACAGCUGAUAGGGGCUACCCCCUCCUCCCUUGGAGAGGUAAGAUCACACUACUACUACUACUACCACUACUACUAGUACUACAACAGCUGAUAGGAGCUACCCCCUCCUCCCUUGGAGAGGUAAGAC